CUAGUAAUAUUUCGUGAAAAGCUAACAUAGCUUAAAUAAAAUCUAAAUUUCAUUGUAAAUUGGAAAAAAUCCAAUAGUGCAAAUAACACUGAAACGUUAGUGCAAGGAAAACUAAAAUUGUGCAAAGGUGAACAUAUUACGAGUGGAAAAGAAAGAAAGUAGUAAAGAGCAGCUAUAGAAGAAGGGGCAAACCCAAAAGUGCAACCGAACACAUAUGCAGAUUGGUCGCUAUUGACAGCAAUAGUUACAAUAGCAAAUUAAACACAAAUUGUACAGAAAUUCAUCGUCGAGGUAUUCCCUAUCCUAGUUGUACUCCAACACACAAAAGCUCCUGCUGUGUUCGCUAUACUCCCCCUUAUGUGGUUUUACGUGUCAUCACCAAUAUAGGCCUAGUAAGAAAAAAUAAAAAUAUAAUUAAGCGCAGUGCCAAAGUUAUCAUUCGAGCAAGUGGCUAGCACACCAAACAGUCGGUGUCUCGUGACAUUGUUCAGCUGAGACUUUGCGCGACUGGGGCAAACGGAGAAACUUCUACUUUAACCGCAACUACAAUUUAGUGUUCGCAAAAAGGAAAACAGCAGUCAGACUGCAAGCAAUCAAAUACUUAACUACGCAUUCUACCUACAUAUAAGGCUCAGCUUGCUUUGGAGCACUAUCUAAAAACAAAAUCUACAACUCGACAAGAGCAAAAAAGUAAAACUAAAAAAAAAAAUAAUAAUAAAAACUAGCAUUUUACGCAAAAACGCAAAGCCAUAAAAGUUUAAGAAAAAGUACAUAAAGAAAGCAAAAAAACUAAGCGUAGCGAAAACAAUCAAAAUGCGAAAACAAAAGGAAGACAUGCAAGUGAAUGUCGCUGGUCUACGUCGGAACAUCAAAAAUCUUGCGCACAACUACUCAGAUGCGCAGGUAAAAGUACGUGAGGCCACCUCCAAUGACCCGUGGGGGCCGUCGGCCACGAUAAUGGCCGAAAUCGCCGAUCUCACCUACAAUGUGGUUGCCUUCUCGGAGAUAAUGCAAAUGAUUUGGAAGCGCCUGAAUGAUCAUGGCAAGAACUGGCGUCAUGUCUACAAAGCGCUCAUACUGUUGGAGUAUUUAAUCAAAACCGGCACAGAGAAGGUGGCGCAACAGUGCAAAGAGAAUAUUUUCGCCAUACAAACACUGCGUGAAUUCGUGUACUUUGAAGAGGGUAAAGAUCAGGGCACGCAUGUGCGCGAAAAGGCUAAGCAGCUGGUGAAUUUAUUGAAAGACGAUGAGCGUUUGAAGAAUGAGCGCGUGAAAGCUUUGAAGGCGAAAGAACGUUUCGCUCAACAUCCCAGUGGUUUUGGUAGUGAUGGAUAUAUUGAUGGACCGACGCAUCGUGAUAUGCCGCCCGGCUGGCAGGAGGAACCGAAGCCGGUGUCCGAACUUGAGUUGGUGCGUCCACAAACGGCGGGCGAAGAGGAGCUUCAAUUGCAGUUGGCCAUGGCGAUGUCGCGCGAAGAAGCCGAACAAGAAGAGGCUAAGCGACGCAGCGAUGAUGUGCGACUACAGCUUGCGCUGAGCCAGAGUGAACAAGAUUUCAAAGAUCAAACGGUUCCAGCUGCGGCGCCUAAAAAGGAAGAACCACAAUCACAUCUGUUAGAUUUGCUGGACAUUUCUUUGGGUGCCACGAGCAUUUCGAGUCCACCGUUGGGCGCCACAGGCGGCAGUGGCGAUCCAUGGGCCACACCGGCACGAGCUGGGAGUCAGCUAUCUGAUCCUUGGUCGGGCACAUCAUCGCCACAAAUCGAUCCUUGGCAACCGGCCGCAGCUAUGCGUACCGCCAUCGCUCCAGCGCCGUUGGGCGCCGUCGGCGGUAUAGGCAGUAAUGGUGAUGAUGCCUGGGGUCUAACACGCACACAAUCGCCGUCCGUCGCUUCUGGCUCGUCAACUGAGGGUUGGCUGCAUAGCAAUGGCGCUGGCAUUGCCGGUGCGGCUGGUGGCGCAGCGAUUUUGAAUGGCAAUUCCAUUGGUGGCGGUGCUAUUGGUGGCCUAGACCCUUGGCUUUCGAAAACGGGCGCUAUUGGUGGUGCACCUGCAGCGGAGAGAGUGGAACCAACAGAUCCUUGGUUGACGGAAAGUGUGAAACCAGUUACUAUGGCACCACUAGCGGCUGCGCCUAAUGUCGACCCAUGGGCGCCCAAAGCCGGUGCGACCAGUGAUGACCCUUGGAAGAGUAAUCAAACGAGUGCGGUUAAGAAGCCUUCGCCCGAUUUGGAUGAGUUCGAUAUAAUAACCAAUCGUAAUAAGACUGGCGAUUUACUAACUAACAACUUGAUAAGUGCUUCGAACAACAAUAACGCAUCACUACUCGAUGAAAUGGAUCCUCUGUCUGCAACGAAUUCAUCGCUCAAUGCAUCAUCAACGAAUACGAACAAACAACUGAAAACACCGCAAUCGUUCUUAGGUGAAAACUCGUCAUUAGUUAACUUGGAUAAUCUAAUAAAGCCCGUGCAAACGCAGUCACAAGCUGGCAAUGCUGCCUACAAUCCAUUUAGCGAUACUGUUAUACCACCAAAAACAAAUCUAUUCCAACAACAACAGCCUGCGGUACCGUCCAUUAACCAGCUAAAACAGCAACAGCCUUUUGCUAUGACUAUGAAUCAGGAUCCUUGGGCGCCGGUUGCUAACUCCACUAAUGCGUCUCAGUCCUCCAGAAACUUCUUUACUGAUUACGAUAGCGACGACUUUACAAGUUUUAAUAGCAGCAAUGAGCAUAAUCACAAUGACAUACUGAACAACAGUAAUAAUAGUAAUAACAAACAAACCAACAACAACUUCAAUAAUGACAACAAACAAGCUAUGCAAUACUCCAAAAGUGAUUAUGAAGUCUUCAACUCUUCGUUUGCCAGCUCAAGCGACUUUUUUAUAUAUCGUAAUAACAACAACAAUAAUAACAAUAACAAAAGUCAACAUGAUGGACCACACCAAUUCCAAACACAAGUACAAAUUCAUAGUCAAAGUGUAGAUAAUAUACGUAAUAUGCAAAUUGCCAGCGACAGCGACACCGAUCUGCAUGAGAGAGCCUCAACCAAUACGCUACGCAGCUUCCAAGGCAAAGUCAACAACAAUACGCUGCGCUUUCAGUCGACACUCGCACCCACUACCACUCAAUUUCAGCCCUUUGCUGACUUCAGCAACGCAAUUAAGCCCGAUUUUCCGAGUGCCAAUAGUAAUUUUAAUACUAAUAACACCAACAACAACAAUAAUCCUUUAUCGAAUUAUGCAUUUGGCCAGCCACCGGUCGGCAGUGCAAAUGACAAAUAUCCAGCAGCGUCGUUGACGUCAAGCUACAGCAAUGCCUUGACAGCUGCUCUGGCCGACACGCCGGGCAUUAAAAUAGCGCCGGUAUCGAUGUUGCCCACGUCAGGUACAACAAUGCAAACAACAUUUGGUUAUGCCGCCGGUUUUGGCAACAGCUUUGAUAACAAUGGCGGCGCCGGCGGUGCUGGCAGUGCUGGCGGUGGCUCGCUGUUCAAUUAUGGCUUCUUCGAUGCGAAUUCUUCAAUGAACCACAACCAAAACAACAAUUAUGGAAAUAAUAUCGAUAACAAUAAUGCAAUAUUUUCGACGUCCACCUUAUCGUCAUCGUCGUUGGGCAACUGUAAGCUGGAAAACAACAAUAAUAUGCCUUGGAUGAACCCGGAAGCAGCAUCGUCGUCGAAUCCAUUCUUAUCGUAAAGUAGUUUUUUAAAUGCGGAAAUUUAUAUAGGGCGGGUUAUAAAACAGCGUGUGCGAGUUAGAGGAAUAAAGAUUUCUUUUUUUAUAUAGACAUAUUUACGCAUAAAACAGAGAGAAACUAAAACAAACAAAAAAAAAAAAAA